GCACACUCUACAUCCGAAAGCGACCGCAACAGCUCGCCGUUCUAGGAUUCGCCGUUGUCUUGCAGCUUUUGAGAUAGUCAGCAUCGUGGAAGAAAUAUCGGCUGGAGCGUGGCGGGCCUCAGCUUGGUGGUCCUGUGCUUGGUUUCAAGCGGAAGUGGUGUCAAGACUACUAAGCGGUGUAAACAACUCAAAUGCAAUAUGCGGCCCCGGCAUUGUGCCGACCUUCUGGGUGCCGGACAGACGACAAGUGGCCUGUAUGACAUAUUUAUUGGGAAAGAUGACGUCAAAGGGAAAGUCGUCUACUGCGACAUGAAGACCGACGGGGGAGGCUGGACGGUCAUUCAGAGACGAGGGCAGUUCGGUAACAGGGUGUACUACUUCUACCGUAACUGGAAAGCGUAUGCCACCGGCUUUGGUGAUCCGGCCAAAGAGUACUGGUUUGGUAACAGAGCGCUACAUGCUCUUACGUCGAAUGGAGAAUGCAUGAAGCUGAAGAUUGUCUUGAAGAACCACACAGGUGAAAGCGUCUCUGUGGACUACGAGAGUAUCAAAGUCGGGCCGGAGAAAGGUCAUUUUAGGCUUUCCCUAGGACGAUUUCUGGGUCCGAAGGGCUGGGAUUCGCUCAAACGCAGCAACAACACCAAAUUUUCCACUUUCGACCAGGACCGCGACAACACGACAAACAACUGUGCCGAGAAGUACCGCAGCGGGUGGUGGCACAACCGUUGUUUCUUGGCUAACCCGAACGGCCUCAACUUGAAUGGCGCGCACGACAGCUUAGGCGACGGCAUUGAGUGGAGCGACCGGAAUGGUUCAACGGACCUUUACCACUACUCUUAUCCCAAUGUGAUGAUCAUGACGCGUCCCGUGACAAUGGAUAAAAAACGCGAAAUCAAAUGCCUGCAUUGUUAAGCAAUCAAUAGCCCUUUCAAGAUUGUAUAUUGUGCUGUCGUUCAAGUAGCGUACUGCUUCCCGAUCUUCUUUUGUGUCGCGUAUGCCAGUAUUUGUGCGCUUGUUCAGCACUAUUCAUUAACUAUAUGAAAUCGCAUUGCUUAUCAUUGUAUGAUGCCGUCACGCAACAAGAAACCUUACACAUGCGGACCACUUUAGGGGCGCAUAAUUUGUGCAUUAGGCCAGCUGCAAUGCUAAUAGAAUACACGUGCUAAAGCAGGGACCAUAUACGCUGUAUCUAAUUAGAAAAUAAAGUCAAUUUAGUUAUCUGUGCAA